GUAACUCCGAACUAGUUUUCAUAUCGGCUUCGCGGAACUUAUCCAAGGGUACAGUACACGGUUUACAUUACAUUGUCGCGCGGCGGACGACCCAAACCAAUCAAGAGUAAACGUAAGCGAAUUAUUAUCCUCUAUUAUUGGAUAUAAAUGUUUUUUUUUUCAUGCAACUAUUCACUGUAAUUAUGACUACAAAAGCGUCGACUGUGGUUAAAGACAGACUGCAAGUUGCAGAAACAGAAAGUGGCGUAAAAAACGUCACCCGACACUUGGCUCAAGAAAAAACAACAAGAGGUAAAACCGUCGUCAUGCCUCGCAAGGGCAAGGUAGAAUCAUCCGACGGGUGCCCUUCGAAGAAAAGGAAAGCCAUUACCAUGGAGGUGAAAUUAGACAUCGUAAAGCGAUCGAAACGGGGAGAAACGCCGACGAACAUCGGGCGCGUUCUCGACUUAAGCCGCUCUACCGUAGCGACUAUCAUUAAGGAUCAAGAUCGCAUCUUGGAACACGUGAAGGCAUCUCCGCACAUGAAGUCGACCAUAAUAAGCAAGCAGUACAGCGGGCUAAUGAUGGAGAUGGAAAGAAAACUAGUGAUUUGGCUGGAUGAUCGGCACCAGCAGAGUCUCCCCGUGAGCCUCGUGUUGAUCCAACAAGAGGCGAAGCGUCUAUACGAGACGCUAAAAAGUCAAAAGGGGGAAGGCAGUGAGGAGAAAUCAUUUAUGGCCAGUCGAGGUUGGUUUAUGCGAUUUAAAGCUCGCGCUAAUUUGCGUAACCUCCGAGUGGAAGGUGAACCAGCCAAUAACGAGAACGAAGCAGGGAGUGAUUUCCCCACUGCCUUGGCGGAGACAAUUAGGGAAGGGGUGAAUAAGUGUUGUGCUCAACAAGUACUGGGCGAGGGUUUGUUCUCGAAUCCCCCGUUAAUCAAUAAGAUGGAGACAGAACCGAGCCAGAACGCGGGAGAGGACACACUGACUCCAAAGUUCACAUGCAAGAGCUUGGCAGCAGGUUUCUUACUGAUAGAAGAAGGCUUGUUAAAGUUCAAGGCAGAGGACACCGACACGGCGAGAUACGCAAGGGUCUUCAAGGGGGUCAUGGAUAACCUACGGUGUUACAAGGACAUUUGGGAGAAGGAGAAGAAGGUCUCCUUCCAGUCAAACCUGGAGCGGUUCUUCAAGAUGGUAGAGAGGCCCACACCGGAUCCCACACUGGAUCCCGUACCGGAUACCGAACCCUCGACGUCAUCUCCUCCGUCACCUCCCGUGGCCUCUCCAUCUCCUACGAAAAAGUGAAGAGGCUUGAAACAGUACCUGUACUCGCCACCUGAUCUGGUUCUUCACCUCCUCCAGUGCCUUCUUCGCCAUCUCUACCUCCUGUGACCUCGACAGCAAGCUCCUCCCCUUUCCUAGCUCACAGUGUGCAUGCUAUCAGCAGGAGUAAAGGAGGUCUGGAGAGGAUAGCGUGACCUCAGGUGAAGCUGCGGCAGGAAACCCCCACGGCUGAGAAGUCAAUCUCACGGUGAAGACGAGAACUUCUUUGUUGGCAGUCCAGCUAAAGGACAUCAAACCAUGCACCAAUUAUCCUCAUCUGUGAAACUUCAACCUCAUGAAAGGAGGACACAACCACUCCUGAAUUAUCGCAGCAGCAGGAUCGGGCUGACCAACCUCAAACACAAUUAUCAACGUGGCGACCGACAACAAAGAACACACAGACACACAAACUGCAAAGCCCAUGUUGUUAUUAGACAAUUUUGGUCGGAAUAAAUACUUUGUUGAGUCGCUGACGCAAUAGAC